ACUUUGUUUUUGGUGUACAGCUGGAUGCUUGUGGUGGUGGGGGUGGACAUUGACUUGACCCACUGUUAAGUUUCCCAUCUCUUUUCCUCCCAUUUCAGUCCAUUCUCUUUUAUCUCAUCUGCUUCCCUGCCUUUUCCGAUCAUGGCUUCAUCUGAUGGUACACAGAAAAUUUCUGAAGAGAAGUUUGACAUUGAGAAAAUCAUAGAUGGCAUAGAAUCCUUGCUUCGGCGUCUUCCAAAAGUCGAGCACUCUGCCACCGGGCUCACACCUAACAACACGGACCGCAACAGUGUCAGUGACGGCAACCCGAACAAUGGCAACAACGGCGGAAACAUCCCCAGCAAUCAAAAGAAUGAGACCGACAAAAAUAAGAAUGGCCCCAACGUUUCAGAUCAGGAUCUAUGCGCUUGGAUCCGGACUCUGCUUACCUUCGUGAGCAGUGCCGAUAAUAAGGAGAACAACUCGGAGGCAAAGGACAGCGUCAAUAGCAACAGAAGCAGCAACGACAGCAGCAAUCAAUCUAAAAUGGAGAGAAUAAGGAAAACGCUUACUCAAGUGAAAGCUGCCUUGAUUGAACUCAAGAAACUUGAAGAAGGUGAGCUGGGAAAACUAAUACAGCCUCAUCUGCGACGUGUCGAAGUCAUCCUUGGACCUCAGGCACCAGCUCCUGCUGAUUCCUCUUCAUUUACACUAACUGAAGCCAACCUUCGAGAAAUCUCCAAGGAAAUUAUGAAGAUAAAGAACCAGAUUCCAUCACUGCUCAAACUCUCCCAAACGGGUCCCGGAUCUUACAACAAUUCAGAGACGAUCAAGAACUCCGAUGCCUGCAGUGCCUUCCAUGGAAAUCUCAACCCACACAAAAGUAAAAGCUUUCUGAAUAGCUCCUUUUACCGUGAAAUUGAGGAAAUUUAUGCUGACCUUAAUGAUGUACAUGAGAAAUUCUUUUUGGCGUGCUUCGCAAUGCUACCGGAAAAUGCCGUGGUGAAGAGGAGGCUUUUGACAUAUUGGUGGGUCGGAGAGGAAGAAGUGAAAACUUCAACUGAUGGAGGAAAGACAGCCGAGCAUGGUGUUGAUCAAAUUCUGAAGAGAUUCAGAGAGAAGGGAUUAAUCAAGCCUGCUAAGAAAGAGCUGAGAGGGGAAGCUAAAAGCUAUAGAAUGGAUCCUCUAGUGCGCUCUGUUGUGAUUAAGCUUUCCGGGAACGAGUUCUUUGCUUUUAAUGAUGAUGGAAUUCUGACCGGGAAUCUCUCGGAAACAAAUAGGGCUUGUGUUACAAAGUCUUCUGUGCCUCUCGACACAGUGUUAACAAAAGAACAGGCGCAGAAACAGGUGGUAAAUUUUGAAGAGGAAAAUCUUAUCACGAUAUUCAAUGUAAAUGAGCCAUUUCCUGAUCUCAAAUUGCAGCUUUUAGCAAAGAAGAAAGAAGCAAGUCUGGUGGAAUGGUUAUCGAAGAUGAAAAAAGUUAAAGUCCUUUAUCUGGGAAGAUGGGAGAAAUCCGCUACCUAUCACAUAGAGGUGGAGAGCAUUGACUUCUUAAAAGGGUUGAAGAGUAUGAAAGAGUUAAGGCUUCUUAGCCUUCAAGGGAUCUCCAGAAUUAACGAGCUUCCCAGUUCUAUAGGAAAGCUCAGCAAUUUGAUGAUCUUAGAUGUGAAGGCAUGUCAUAAUCUGGAGGAACUUCCGCAGGAGAUAUCCAAACUCAAGAACCUGACAUACCUGGAUGUUUCAGAUUGUUAUAUGCUGGAUCGGAUGCCAAAGGGGCUAUCUUCCCUCUCCAAACUCCAAGUCCUUAAGGGGUAUGUUAUUGGGAAUCCGCAAAGCGGAAGCUUCGGUACCUUGGAUGAUUUGAAAGAUUUAAAGCAUUUGAGGAAACUGACAAUCAGCGCAAGCAGCCACGACUUCCCUACUCGAAAAGACCUGCUUGCUCUCAACAAACUUGGAACCGAGGGGGCGCUUCGAAAGCUGACAUUAGCAUGGGGAUCAAAGCAAGGCGCUGUUGCACAAAAGCCAUCAAGGGUACCCACCAUUAGAAAAACCGUCAGCAAUUUGCUACAAAGGACCUCAACGAAGAGUAGUAGUUGCGAAAUUGCGGAGCUUCCUGAGAAAUUGGAGAAACUGGAUCUUCAGUGUUGCCCAGAGACAAAGAUACCUGAUUGGCUGGUACCUAGCAAAAUGAAUAGCCUAAAGAAACUCUUCAUUAGAGGAGGAGGGCUCGAAACUCUGAAGAAUGACAAGUGGACUGUUGAGACUUUAUGUUUGAAGUACUUGAUUGGUUUGAAGAUAGAUUGGAUAGAAUUGAAGCAAAGAUUUCCAAGGUUGGCUUACCUGGAGAAAGUCGGAUGCCCAAGGAUCACUUUCUGCCCUUGCGAUGAGGAUGGGGUAUGGAAGAAGCCUACAUCAAAAUGAAUUAUAGCAGUUCCAAUGACCAAAAAAAGUGAAAAUUAUAUAUUGUGAAAUGGUUAUUGUUUUCUGCUCAAUGGACAAUGUUAGAACAUUGUUGUAUGUUUGUUCCUACUAGUUUUGAGCAUCUGAUUUCUUAUGUUGCUUAAAUGUUUGCACCUCCAUGAGCAAUAUGUGAGAAUAUCUUCAUGGUGGAUCCUUC